AUACGGCGUACCGGAGUCCGGCCACGGUGUAGCAAGUAGAAACGAAGGAAUCUCAAGUGAGUGAGCACCUGUGGCGUCAAAGAGCGGUUGAUUUGACGUGUAGGUAAUUCAUUAGAGGGACUGACGAUGCCUGAGACAAAUAACGGGUGCGUGGGCGGCAGCGCUUGGGGGCGGCGCUCACUGGUGGUGGUGACGGGCGCGAGCCGCGGCAUCGGGCGCGCCGUGGCGCUGGAGGCUGGCCGGCGCGUGGGCCAGGGCUCGCUCAUGGUGCUGGUGGCCAGGAACGCGGACGGGCUGGGCGCCACGGCCGAGGCGGUGCGCCGCGCCAACGCCGCCGUCUCCGUCGUCUGCAAACAGGCCGACCUGGAGCGCGACGUCGCACCCGACCUGCUCAGCGAUGCCGUGAGCCAGGCUGAGUGCGGGGACACAGCAGACUACGAGGUGGCCAUCAUCGUGCACAGUGCUGGCUCUGUUGGUGACCUGUCAGAGGGUACUGCACAGUUAGCAGACAGUGCCAAAUGGGCCUCUUACCUGGCACUUAAUGUGUCUUCCGCUGCAGUGCUGACCGCGCAGUUCCUGGCUCUGCUACCACAGGGGGAUGAUGGCCCACGGCGUUACAUCGUCAACAUCACAUCUCUAGCUGCCGUGGAACCCUUCCCAUCUUUGGGGUACUAUUGUGUGGGUCGUGCUGCUCGUCAGAUGUACUUCUCAGUGCUGGCUGCUGAGAAUGCAUCACUGGCUGUGCUAAACUAUUCACCUGGUGUUGUGGACACAGACAUGGUGGCCAGUAUAGAAAACGGUGCCUCAGACCCAGCCAUCCGCAACAGCUUCUCAGAUAUGCGCAAGCGUGGUGACAUCGUUUCCCCGGAGAAGACAGCUGCACGUCUGGCUGCUGUGCUGGAGACAGGUGCCUUCCAGUCAGGGAAGCGCAUUGACUACUAUGACCUCAAGGACUAGAUGCGUUAGCUUCCUCUAUCUGUGCUACCUAGCUGUAGCAAAACAUGGAAGUCCCAGUCUGAUACACUAUAGUAAUAAAUGAGGUGUGUAUUUUCAAAACUAGGGCAAGUGACUUCUAACAAAUGUUGACGGAGGGAGGAGGAGGGGGGGGGGAUAAAUGCCUGGAAAUAACAGCAUGAGACAUUCAUACUGUACAGCGGUAAUUACUCUAUAACUACCCCACGACUGUGCAGAAUUUGUACUGCUCACUUGUCCAUUAUGGCUGCUAGUGUCACAGCAUUGUGGGAGAACUGAUGCAAAAUUUGGGGUCGUUCAGAGAAGCCUGUGACAAGCUGAAUAAUUGAAUAGGUAUCUGAAGCAUAUUCAGCUAGCAUAAUUGAUAGCUCACUCUCAGAAAACUACAGGUACCCAAGUCUGAGUUAUGUUCCAGCAUACUUCCUCACUUGUGAUAUAUUACCAACUGGUGUUUAAUUUAUUAUUUCUGGUAAUGAAUGACAAGAAGAAGUGAAUCUUUAUACAGUAAAAUGUUAAAUCAUGGAAUCAUUAAUGUGUACUCCUUUGAAGGCACAUCAUUGCAUUUCUGAAACAGGGCUCUCGGAAUCAUGUCCACAGUGUGGAUAUUUGUGUGGGGGAGGAUACCUUCUAUGUGUUAAUAUAUGAUUAUAAAUAUGAAUAUAAAUGACAGGUAUACAAAACAGUGAAUUUCCGUCUUGUUUGAAAACUGUAGUCCAUACUGAAGGUCUAACGAUAUCAUCCAAAUAGCACAUAAUUUACAGCUACAUGAAUUUAAAAAAUUAAAAUCAUAGUGUCCACAUGAAUAAUAUGAACAAUGAACUCUUAAAUAAUGCCACAUAGUUGUAAAGAAGACUGCAAAUCUAAAAUUACGUAAACCAAAUCUUGUUACAAACAAUUUUUCCUUCCCUUUUGUGCAUUUACAUUUCUGAAUUCAGGCAAUUCCACAACACUGUUCAAUGCUGAAACACACAGUCUUGUGGUGAUUAGAUGAAAUACAUAAAAGACAAAACUUGCAGCACAAAUUAAUAACAUAUCUCAUGUAAUCAUAAAAUUAUGUGUAAAUAGCAGAAAUAACAUUUUUUGCUAUCAUGUUAUGUCUGAUGAUCAUUUGUGUUGUCUAAAUAAACUGCUUUUAAAAUGCACACAUGAAUGAUACAUGUAUUGCACAACCACAUGUGGUUUGGUGGAGGUGGAGGGGCCCUAUUUAAGUUAUGUGGCCUAUACUUGCAUGGAUUGUGUGCAGAUAUCCAGCCCACAUGGUAUCCUGCAUGACUCCCAGUUUUAAUGUUUGUGAACAAAACCAGUUUUGAAAAUAUACAUCUCAAAUACCAAUAAGCAUUUCUUCAUUAUAUCAUAACAUCAUAACCUGUGUCUCAUUGUAAAUCAUUUCUCUAACAAAACUAUUAGGAUUUCACAAAGCAGUGAAGUUAGAAAUAUAAUGUUCAUUUGUCCAAUGAGUAUCUCAGUCAUGAAUUUUUUUCAGAUAUGUUACUCCUGCAUGAUUAAUAAGGGGAUUUGUGUGUUACAACUAAGUAAAGGAAUAAUGGGACCUUGAAAGGUCAAUAUAUUUGAGGUGCAAGUUCAGAGAAAGGUGGUUGGAAUAUUUAUUUGGCAUGAACUGCAAAUGACAAAGGUUUUAGACAGAACUUGACUUUCAUCUCAAUGCACAACUCACCAGGCUGCAGAAAUGCUGAAACUGAUUAUUUAAUGUUUACUGUAAGUUAUAAAUUCGGUCUGUCUGCCCAUCCUGAUAUCAAAAUAAACACACCAAAAUAGGAUCCUGACAUCAUUGCAAUCUCCUAUCUGUGCUAAAAGUGUCAAAAUUUGCACAAAUUAAGUUGUUAUAUACCUUCAUUACAAGUCCAGCAUAGAAAAUCUUCCAUUGCACAACUCUUGUCAAAAACAUCGAAAGGAGGGAAUGUAUUUAAUUACCGGUUCAUCAUAAAAUGCCAAGAAAACAAUAUAUUCCCUGCUCUGUGUGCAACCUAAAUGCAUCAGAUCAUUGUAACCCCUGUUUCUCUGCUUAGCACUGAAACAACAUUUCAAAUUUCUUAACUUCGGGAAAUAGAAUUUCAAAGAACUACUAUCGAAAUAAAAUUAACAU